AUGUCUCCUCAUCGCCCGCAUCUCCACAACCCACUACCUCCUCUCUCUGACGCUACCCUGUUCACUCGCCAGCUGGAGGAUAAGGCGAAGCCGGUGUCCGGUGGUUGCACUGCUGUAGGAAUUCAGGAUCUUGAAUGGCGCGCUCCUAAGAACCAAUUACCUGAAGAUAGUCCAGGAGGGCUUGGUGUGUAUGGAGUUUCUAACAGUCUCUACAAUGUUGAGGGAGGACACCGUGCUAUUGUUUUCAACCGUAUUGUUGGGAUCAAAGAUAAGGUGUAUCCUGAAGGGACGCACAUAAUGAUCCCAUGGUUUGAAAGGCCUGUCAUUUAUGAUGUCCGGGCUCGACCACAUCUAGUGGAGAGCACAUCAGGCAGUCGUGACCUUCAGAUGGUCAAGAUUGGUCUUCGUGUUCUCACCCGUCCUGUACCCGACCAGUUGCCCACCAUUUAUCGAACUCUUGGUGAAAACUACAACGAAAGAGUCCUGCCUUCAAUAAUCCACGAGACUCUGAAAGCUGUUGUUGCUCAAUACAAUGCAAGUCAGCUCAUUACCCAGAGAGAGAAUGUCAGUAGGGAAAUCAGGAAAAUAUUGACCGAGAGAGCUGCAUUCUUCAACAUUGCACUGGAUGAUGUGUCAAUUACCAGCCUGACCUUUGGAAGGGAAUUCACUGCAGCCAUAGAAGCUAAGCAGGUAGCUGCACAAGAAGCUGAGAGAGCCAAAUUUGUGGUCGAAAAGGCCGAGCAAGACAAGCGCAGUGCAAUUAUUAGAGCUCAGGGAGAGGCCAAGAGUGCCCAGCUGAUUGGUCAAGCUAUUGCCAACAACCCGGCUUUUAUCACGCUCAGGAGAAUCGAAGCAUCCAGGGAAAUUGCGCACACACUUUCUUCUUCAAACAACAAGGUGUACUUGAACUCGGAUGAGCUUUUGUUGAACCUUCAGGAUCUGUCCUUGAAAGGUGGAAAAAACUGA